AUGUCAGAGAAACACACCCGGCCCACCCCGCAUCCGACGGAGCGUUCCCGCCGCCCGCGCGCCCUCAGCGCUCGGGAGAACAUCCGAAACUGCCUGCACACGCUCAGCGCUCGGGAGGACAUCGUGGAGCGCCCGCGCACCCUAAGCUCUUCCGGAGACGUCGAGAACUGCCCACGCAUUUUCAGCCUUCGUGGAGACGUCGAAAACCGCCCACGCACCCUCAGCGCGGCAGAGAAGGCGCGUCUCCUGACGCAAAUGGCCGCGGGACUGCCGGGAGCUGCGGUGUGGGCUGGUGAUGAGCCGAAGGGGCUGUCUGAAGCCUCUCUUACUACGGCGACCGCGCUUGCGACUGAUCCCCUCAGCCUGGCGACGGGCGACAUGGGGGUGAAACCGACGAAGAUCCUUCGUCCCCCGCGCGUCUUCAGGUCCGACGGCGAACUUCCCUCGCCGCUCGCGCCGCCCGCCCCGCCAUCCGCCUCUGCGCACAGCGCAUACUCGGAACACUCGGAUGUGCCAGCCAUCGCCUUUCCGCGCCACGACCAGCCCUCCGUUCUAACCACGGCCGUUGACGCUCAUAAAGGUGGACUGGAUGAGCCACUUGAAGCGCCGCAGGCGGACCCGGAAGCACACAUCCGCCACCGCCUCGAGACAUUCCGCCGCACGGUGGCUGCCGACAUGGCCGUUGAUCUGGGGCACUACGCCGACUCCGCGAGCCUUGAAGACAUCGUGAUGGUCAUGGGAGAGAUCGGGGAGAGCGCGGCGCCUCUCCUUACGCUCCCUGCGGACAUUGCCAAAUACCACGGAUCGGCUUCGCAGCACUCCCUCGACGCGUCUCCGACCGUCCCAAGCCCCCGUGACAGCCCGCCACUCCAGGAAAGCCUGACAUCCCCGUGCACCUCCAGCACGACUGUCGCCGGCACCUCCCCACCCCAGGUUUCGUCAUCAUCCGCCAGGCCGGUCACAACAACCCCUGUCAUCCCGGACACCCCGGACAUACAAGACCUCAGCGUGGGUGACUCCACGCUCAACAGCGCGUCCAGCCCGAAGCUCGCCGUGGCUGAUAAGAUUGACUCCUCUGAGAGCGAGAAAGACCCCGAGGCCACCGGGGUACAGCCUCUCCUCCGCCAGUCCAACCACAAGCUCAGCUGGCAUAAGCGCAUCACGCGUGCACUGAACCCGGACAUAUGGAUUUCGAGCUUGACAUACGAUGUGGCCGUCGCGCUCGUCCUUUUCCCUCGCCUGAGUGUAUGGGACGAUUUCUGGAGUCUUACGGCCCAUACCGCCGUAGUAAUCUCGCUCUGGCUGAGCGCGGGCGCCGAGCUCCCCACCCUUGUGCUCCUCGCCCCACUUCUCCUCGUCGCACUCGGCGAGUGCAGCCUCCCCGCGUUUGUCGAUGGCACCGCGCUGCCUUUCCAGCUCGUCGCCGCCAGCGUGGCGGUCCACCACGCGAUCCUGUUUGCGGCCCACAGCAUCGGCGGCCCUAUCGGCGCUCCUAAUCAUUUCGUUCGUCGUAAUUUACCUGACGCCAACCGCGGAAACUUUGGACCACUCACCGUCGUCCGUGCGACAACAGGCGUCGUCCGGGCCGGAGUCGAGGUCGUCCUCCUCCGCGGCCGUUGGCAUCGUGCCGCGUGGAGCGUCUUGACCGCCGCCCUUGCCGCGACCGCAGUCCCUCUCGCUCACCAUCCUGCGCUCACGGGCGGCCUCCUUGCCUCGAGCGUCGGGCUCACUCUCCUCCUCGCGCUCUGGGGUGCAUUCCUCGCCGCCCACCGCGCCGUGUCUGCAGCGAUCCGCCAGCGCGCUCGCGACGCGAUGCGCGCCUCACUCAGCGCCAUCGCGCGGGACAUUGAUGCGCUGGCUCUCGACGUCCUCCUCGCCCAGCUUGCGCGCUUCACAGCCGUCCUGGAAAGCAUGGAGGCGGACGAGCGCCGCCUCUUCGGGCCUGAAGAGGCCGCGGUGCGCGCGCUUCAUACGCUGAGCGUACACACUCAGACUGUUGCCAAGCAGUUGAGAGCGGCGUGCGCUGCCCUCGCGGCAGGCAAGGAGGUUACGGAUGCAGAGAGCAUAGCCAUAGCCGCGUUCGAUGCGGGCAUGGCCACAGCACGCGAGUUUGCUCAACUCCGCUGCGCGCUCCGGAUCCCUGCAGACAUCGCGCACGCCGCACAGCUGGACCUCACGUACUGGCACGCAUGGCGCGUGCGCGACGCCGACGCAUGGUAUUGCGCCAAGGGGGUACUGGCGCACCGCACACUCGUGGACCCCACUGCCAAGCCGAGUGUGCAGAUGUUGCAGAGUAUGCUCGACCCGGUCGUGAACUGGCGUGCGGUGGAACAGGGUGGGAACGGGACGGGGGGUGGGGGCAGGGAUCGGUGGGCGCAGCUCCUCACAGUCGUCCUCGUCGUCGGGGUGUAUCGUGUCGUUGCACCUGUGCAGGUACUCCUUUAUAUCGACCACUCGUAUAGGCUCUGGAUCAACUUCGUGUUUUGCGUUGCCACCGUAUGCCUCUUGCAUGCUUUCGUGCAGCCGGCUCACUCGCCUGGUCCGCCUGGAUAUGCGGUUGCGUGGGUAGUCGUCCACGCUUUGCUUCUCCUCGCGCUGCUAGUGCUGCUUGUCUCCCUUACGAACGCACUCCUCGCCGCGGCCCACCUCCCCCUCCUUCGCUCCCUGGGUGCCCCGACAGGGCUGGGGGCCUACGCGCCAUUCGCACUCCCAGCUGCCUGGGGGUAUGCACAGAACGCCGCCCUCGUGCGGCUAGCGGACACGCUCCGCCCACCCUUCACCCCGCUCAAGGACACGGGCUCCGUGUUCUCGCUCAGGCGUCAGCUUGAGGGGCACUUUGCUCGACAGACGUGGCCGCUGUACCCCUCUGCUGGCGCGGUGCUCACCCUCCUCGGCCUUCGCGGCUUGAUUGUGGCGCCUCGCCUGAGAUUGUGGCUCACGACGGGCGCGGGCGCUGUCCUCGCUGUGGUGGGCAGUAUCGCUGUCGCCGCACGCGGCGACGUGGGCGGAGACAUUCUCGCCCACCUCCUCCCGUGGAUGCUGCCGAGCGUGUGUCUCUAUUUCCUCGCUGUGGCGGUGGUGGCGACGGCGAUCGACACGCACUGGGCGUACUGA